CAACCUUCUUGCGCACAAUCUCUCACCUGGCUGAUCGUAACAACACAUAUCUACUCAGAACAGAGACUUAUCCGCUUCUCAGUCUCCCGUACACCUUUGCAAGCUGUAAUUUUGUGCCUUGGUAAGCGCACGUGUAAUUGUUAAGCGCCCGUCAUGGCGCUCCGCAACAUUCGCCCACUGGUGAAUUACGCUGAUCAGCAAAAUGCCCUAGAAGACUUUUUUCGAACAUUCAAGUCGUCGUCAUCGGAAGCAACCGAUGGGCUAGAGGGACUGAAUCUCGAUGGCGAGCGUGAGGGAGACAGUGACGAGUACGAUUUCAUGGACGACGUGGCCAAUGGCCAAAGAACAAGAGGACCGUCAAAGCUUAAGUACAUGAAGCUGCUGCAGGAUGUUGCGGAUAGGAAAACGUCGCAAAUUGUGGUGGAGCUAGAUGAUUUGGAGGAGUACGAAAAGACGCUUGGCGAUGAAGCUGGUAGUCUCAAGCUUGUGUCUUCCAUCGAGAAGAACGCACAUCACUACCUUGAGAUUCUUUCGAGGGCAGUCGACAAGGUUAUGCCCGAACCACAAGUACAGAUAACAUACAAGGACGAUCCGCUAGAUGUGCUUAUGGCCUUGCGCGCCAAGCGCAACGAGCAAAACAACAAAGCCGCAGAGGCUGGUGUCGACACAGGUCUUUCAAUGUUCCCUCCAGAGCUGACGCGCCGAUACACCCUCAACAUCAAGCCUGUUACACCAUCUGCAUCAAGUGCAGAUAAGAGGACAAAAGCAAUGGCUGUGCGCCAGAUUCGCGGGCAGCAUCUUGGGAACUUAAUCACCGUGCGCGGCAUCGCUACGCGCGUUUCCGACGUUAAACCGUCUAUCAAGGUCAAUGCCUACACUUGCGACACGUGCGGUGACGAAAUUUAUCAACCUGUCUCCAGCAAGCAGUUCACGCCUCUGACCGAGUGUGAGUCUAAACGCUGCAAAGAAAAUAACACCAAAGGUUCACUUUUCCUGUCUACACGUGGCUCGAAGUUUCUGCCCUUCCAAGAAGUCAAGAUUCAGGAGAUGUCUGAUCAGGUACCGGUGGGCCACAUUCCGCGCAUGCUGACCGUGCAUUGCCAUGGCGCACUGUGCAGACAAAUUAACCCCGGCGAUGUGGUUGACGUGGCCGGUAUAUUUCUGCCGACCCCAUACACCGGGUUCAAAGCGAUCAGGGCCGGUCUGCUCACUGAUACCUAUCUGGAAGCGCAGUACGUUACCCAGCAUAAGAAGCAGUAUGACGACAUAGUCCUUGCCCCAGCAACAAUCCGCCGCAUGAACGAACUCAUGCACUCGGGACAGUUGUAUGAGAUGCUAGCGCGUUCAAUUGCGCCCGAAAUUUUUGGUCAUAUCGACGUCAAGAAAGCUCUUCUUCUUCAGUUGAUUGGAGGUGUUACAAAAGAAAUGGGCGACGGCAUGCGUAUACGCGGCGAUAUCAAUAUCUGUCUUAUGGGUGAUCCUGGUGUUGCUAAGUCCCAGCUUCUUAAGUACAUCACCAAGGUGGCUCCACGUGGUGUAUAUACCACAGGCCGUGGCUCAUCUGGUGUCGGUCUUACGGCCGCUGUGAUGCGAGACCCUGUUACAGAUGAGAUGGUUUUAGAAGGAGGCGCUCUUGUCCUCGCAGACAACGGUAUGUGCUGCAUUGAUGAAUUCGACAAGAUGGAUGACAGCGACCGGACUGCUAUCCACGAAGUCAUGGAGCAGCAAACAAUCUCAAUUUCAAAAGCCGGUAUAACCACGACACUCAACGCACGCACCUCCAUUCUGGCAGCUGCCAACCCUCUCUACGGACGGUACAACCCGCGCAUCUCUCCGGUUGAGAACAUCAACCUUCCCGCAGCACUGCUCUCCCGUUUCGACAUCCUUUUCCUGAUUCUUGAUCAGCCAUCUCGUGACUCAGAUGAAGAACUGGCACGGCACGUCACUCAUGUGCAUAUUCACAACAAGCACCCCGAGACAGAUGGCCAAGUCUUCACGCCUAAUGAAGUGCGGCAAUGGGUAGCUCGUGCCCGGAGUUUCCGUCCCGUGGUGCCAAAGGACGUUUCGGACUAUAUUGUUGGCGCUUACGUUCGUAUGAGGCAGCAGCAGAAGAAGGACGAGGGCGGGAAGAAAGCGUUCACUCAUACGUCGGCCAGAACACUGCUUGGUAUUUUGCGUAUUGCGCAGGCGCUCGCGAGAUUGAGGUUUGCUGAUUCCGUCAUCACCGAAGAUGUGGAUGAGGCCCUGCGCUUGGUGGAGGUCAGCAAAGCCAGCUUGUACAACGACGGAAGGCAACGCGGGGAUCAGACACCAAGCAGCAAGAUUUACAACCUUAUUCGCACGAUCAAAGAUAGCGGAGCAUUAGACGCGGGCGACGGUGAAUUGGACUUGCGGAGAUUGCGUGAGCGUGUUUUGGCGAAGGGAUUCACCGCCGACCAGUUCGACGAGGCAAUCGACGAGUAUUCAUUGCUGGAUGUGUGGCAAACCGCUGCAGAAGGCACGAGAUUGGUGUUCAUCGAGGCUGAUAACGAGGAUAUGGAUUACGAGUGAAUUCGUCCGAUCUCCAUCGGCGAAGGCAUGUCUUGUGGAGAAUGGCGUUCUUCGUAUGCAUCGGAUGAGAGCUAGUUUCCGGGUGGCGAGGUCGAUAGCCUCCAACGGGCUUGUAUGGUUUGCGACAUACAGUAAUGAACUUUCCCCUAGCGUUUGCGCGCGUAGCUGUU